AGCAGCUGCUGCCCUGCAGUCAUACUGAGAUUAAAGAAUAGAUAGAGGGAUAGAUAGAUACAAAGACAGACAGAGUCUGUCACUUAAACUUGGUGAUGAUCCCUCCCAUCUGGGGGUGUGUCAGUAUUUCUUUACUGUCUCACAGGCAGACCUCACAUUACAGACAUUGUGAUUUCCUGAGCGCACCUCCACAGGCCACAGAGGUGGAUUCAGGAGUAAAGAGCAACUGAGCACAGAGAAGAGCGGACAACAAGAGAGUGUUGGGGCCAGUUGGAUCUUACGAAGACGGAUGAACAAGAAGCCAGAAGCGAUGGAGCGACAUGUGAACUGUGUGACAAGAGCGAAGCGACAGCGUCCUCCAACACAGAACCCCUAAAGGUUUACAUGUUCCCACCCUGGAUGCUUUUAGAAAGCAAGAGGAGGAUGCAUUGGUUCAAGGGACGGUGGAGAGGUUCACAUCAUUUCCAUCUCCUCAUCUGGCUCCUGCUGCUGGCACUGGCUCCACCCACAGCACUUGCUUCCUUCCUGGGGGACACCAAGGCAGUAUUAAACGGCUGUGAGGACCACUGGACCCUGCAGGCCAGGGCCGCCGUCCCUCAGCUCUCUCGGAUGACGCUGUGCGUCCACAUCCGUGUGGUGGCCCCCGGGGCCUGGGAGGCCUUCUCCUACAGCUCCACCUACGCGCCCAGACCCCAGCUGGGUUUGGAGGGAGACGACGGGGCGCUGUACGUGUGGCUGCUCAGCAAACGGCACAGGUUUCCUGUCCGGCUGUCCCCAGAACAGUGGCACUGGGUGUGUCUUCGGAUGGACGCACCUGGCAACUCCUUUGGCAUGAAGGUGGAUGGGGAGGUGGUGGCUGAGAGGACGGUCUCCGCUCAGGCCAUCCCCUCGGCCGGCUCCCUCUGGCUGGGCUGUGGUCCCAGGCCCCGGACCCCGGGGGCCAAACGCGGAGCGCUGGAGCUCUACCUGUUCGGCAUGUGGGCGGACCUGGGCGACCACGGGCCCUGUGAGGACGGGACCCUGGUUCCCUGGGACGCUGAGUCCUGGGGAGUGACCAGUCCCAGAGCUGCAAAGAGGGACCACAGCCUGAUGUGUGGCGAGACGAACCACAGACGCUUGAGACGCCGCAGAAGAGAUCUCUUGAGUUCUGCUCCAGCAAUAACUACAGCAAUAGGCGUCAUCGCAGACAUCCUGGCGCCACCUGUGACACCAGCUCUGCCCACUCAAACCAGCCCAGCCAAUCAGAUGCCAAGCAUGCUUCUGCCUGUCAAUCAAAGCACACCUGGAAUAUCACUCAUAUCAGGUUAUUUAAAUUGUAACAUCAGCCAACUCUGCUCAAACAACACUGCCUACUUUUGGAUGUCCAUAAGUGUGCAAGUCAGCGGGGGCAACGGGAUCGACCAAUCCGUUGUGAGAGAUCUGGUGUCCAGUGCGUUUGACUGCACAAAGUGGCUGGCAGGCUUCUGCCAGGGGGGCAACCAGCCUCAGAUAGUGGAGGUGACCUGUGCGGUGAACACCAGCAUAAGGAACACGACCUGCAGCGUGCUGUUGAUGCUCAGCCGCGCCGUCUCGCCCUGCGAACUGCAAGUGGCUGGACAGUCUGCACUGCAGCGGUCACAGACGAUACAAGUCGCCAUCGUAGGAGUAGUGGAGCGAGUCGGUGUGAACGUGUGUGAGCAAGAGGCGCCCCCCAGUGGCGGGUUCCUGAGGUGCACCUCCUCCCUGACGCUGAGUCAGAUCUGUCAGUCCAACCAGCAGCCGACGCUGACGUGCUCCCCCAUGGAGUCCGGCUCCAACCCAGUCUCGGUUUUACAGCCCCAGUCCGACACCUGCGUCUGGGAAGCGUCUCGCUUUUGUGACUGCACCGCUUUUUGUAGCUCCUCAAGCCAGUUUUUUGCUACGGAAAUUAUUAUCACAGACUCUUCUAUUACCAUGAGUGUCCUUCAGAACGUGUUGUCAGAACUUCGAGUCCUUCACGCAUGUGAGCCGGGGUCAAACUGUGCAGAUUAUGUAGAGAUUGUGGCGCGCUACCAGGCUGCACAUGUGGAAUGUCCGGGCGCCCAACAGAGGCUGUACAGCUGCAUGCUGAUACUGGAGAUGUCCGGUCCGGUCAAUGAGUGCUCCCUGGGAACGCUUCUGCAACAGCUGAUCAAUGGCAUCCCUGGCAUAACAAGCCAAACAGCACUUAAAAGACUGAUGGUUUGUGGCCCUCCUGGGUUGAACGUCACCAGCUUCCUGACAUAUAAUCUGACCUGGGCAUCCCUCAACCUGCUGAGCUCUGACAUCUGCCAGCCUGACCCCUAUCAGUUUGAAUGCCAGCAGGAUGAGACGCUUGCUGUUCUCCUAAUUAACACCUGCCCUCAGACGCCUCUCACAACCAACAACAGCACAGCGCCGACCUCCACUUUGUCCAACAACACCGUCAGCACAACUCCAGAAGUGAACAACACCACACAAGCCUACACAACUCCACAGACCAAUAUGUCACAAGAGACGGCUCAACCUAACGCCACAGCUCCACCUUCCCAGUCUGCAGCUACACAACCUGUGCCACAAGCCAGCUCACCUGUGGCUGUUCUUGACAAAACAGAGGCACAGUACAAUGACCAACCCAACACAACCACUAACGCUGCACAACUAAACACAACUAGGGUGUCUGUCAGUAGCUCUACAGAGAACAUCACACAAUCUCCUGCAAUGCAGUCUACAAAUGAUUCAGCAGUGCAAAGUGAAAAUGCAGUUGGAGCUUUGACACGUUCACCAUACAACACAACUACAGUUACACCUUCUAGUAGCACAACAGAUUAUUAUGUAGGAGCAGUAGAAGCAUUGACACCCCCUCCAAAUGACACAGCAGCGAACAGUGUAACAACAGCUCAGCCUGUUACAGGACACAUUGUAAUAACAUCUGGACCUCUAAGUGACACAACAGUGAACAAUAUAACUCCAACUUCACCUGUUACAGCUUCUCCAGUCAACACAACAAUGAGGAAUGUAAUAUCGACUCGAGCUUCUGGUGACACAAUCGAUAACACUGCAACAACAACUGGAGCUUCUAGUGACACAACAGGAUACAGUGUAACUCCAGCCCCAGCUGUUACAGCGUCUCCAGUCAAUACAACAGUGAACAAUGUAACAACACCUGGAACUUCUAGUGAAAAAAUAGUGACCAAUGUAACUUCGGCUCCACCUGUUACAGCUUCUCCAGUCAACACAACAAUGAGGAAUGUAUUAACAACUGGAGCUUCAAGUGACACAGCAGUGAACAAUGUAACUCCAGCUUCAUCUGUUACAGCUUCUCCAGUCAACACAACAAUAAAGUAUGUAAUAUCGACUGGAGCUUCAAGUCACACAACCGAUAACACUGCAACAACAGCUGGAGCUUCUAGUGACACAACACGUUACAGUGCAACACCUGGAGCUUCUAGUGACACAACAGUGAACAAUGUAACUCUAGCUCCACCUGUUACAGCAUCUCCAAUCAACACAACAGUAAAGAAUGUAAUAUCGACUGGAGCUUCUAGUGACACAACCGAUAACACUGCAACAACAGCUGGAGCUUCCAGUGACACAGCAGUGAACAAUGUAACUCCAGCUUCACCUGUUACAGUUUCUCCAGUCAACACAACAAUGAGGAAUGUAUUAACAACUGGAGCUUCAAGUGACACAACCGAUAACAUUGCAACAACAACAGCUGGCUACAGUGCAACAGCUGAAGCUUCUGGUGACACAACAGUGACAACAACAGCUGGCUACAGUGCAACAGCUGAAGCUUCUGGUGACACAACAGUGAACAAUGUAACUCCAGCUCCACCUGUUACAGCUUCUCCAGUCAACACAACAAUGAGGAAUGUAAUAACAGCUGGAGCUUCUAGUAACACAAUGGUGAACAAUGUAACAACUGGAGCCCCUAGCAACACAGCUGGCUACAGUGCAACAGCUGAAGCUUCUGGUGACACAACAGUGAACAAUGUAACUCCAGCUUCACCUGUUACAGCUCCUCACAUCAACCCAACAAUGAGGAAUGUAAUAUCGACUGGAGCUUCUAGUGACACAGCAGUGAACAAUGCAACUCCAGCUCCACCUCCUACAGCAUCUCCAAUCAACACAACAGUAAAGAAUGUAAUAUCGACUGGAGCUUCUAGUGACACAACCGAUAACACUGCAACAAUAGCUGGAGCUUCAAGUGACACAACAGAAUACAGUGCAAAAGCUGAAGCUUCUAGUGACACAACAGUGAACAAUGUAACAACUGGACCCACUAGUAACACAACAGGUUACAGUGCAACAGCAACGACACCUGGAGCUUCUGGUGACACAACACGUUACAGUGCAACAACUGGAUCUUCUAGUGACACAACACGUUACAGUGCAACACCUGGAGCUUCUAGUGACACAACCGAUAACACUGCAACAACAGCUGGAGCUUCAAGUGACACAACACUGAACGAUGUAACAACUGGACUCGCUAGUAACACAGCAGGUUACAGUGCAACAGUGGGUGCUUCGAGUGACACAACAGUGAGCAAUGAAACUCCAGCUCCACCUCUUACAGCAUCUCCAAUCAACACAACAGUAAAGAAUGUAAUAUCGACUGGAGCUUCUAGUGACACAACCGAUAACACUGCAACAAUAGCUGGAGCUUCAAGUGACACAACUGGUUACAGUGCAAAAGCUGGAGCUUCUAGUGACACAACAGUGAACAAUGUAACAACUGGACCCACUAGUAACACAACAGGUUACAGUGCAACAGCAAUGACACCUGGAGCUUCUAGUGACACAACACGUUACAGUGCAACAACUGGAUCUUCUAGUGACACAACACGUUACAGUGCAACACCUGGAGCUUCUAGUGACACAACAGUGAACAAUGUAACUCUAGCUCCACCUGUUACAGCAUCUCCAAUCAACACAACAGUAAAGAAUGUAAUAUCGACUGGAGCUUCUAGUGACACAACCGAUAACACUGCAACAACAGCUGGAGCUUCCAGUGACACAGCAGUGAACAAUGUGACUCCAGCUUCACCUGUUACAGUUUCUCCAGUCAACACAACAAUGUGGAAUGUAUUAACAACUGGAGCUUCAAGUGACACAACCGAUAACAUUGCAACAACAACAGCUGGCUACAGUGCAACAGCUGAAGCUUCUGGUGACACAACAGUGACAACAACAGCUGGCUACAGUGCAACAGCUGAAGCUUCUGGUGACACAACAGUGAACAAUGUAACUCCAGCUCCACCUGUUACAGCUUCUCCAGUCAACACAACAAUGAGGAAUGUAAUAACAGCUGGAGCUUCUAGUAACACAAUGGUGAACAAUGUAACAACUGGAGCCCCUAGUAACACAGCUGGCUACAGUGCAACAGCUGAAGCUUCUGGUGACACAACAGUGAACAAUGUAACUCCAGCUUCACCUGUUACAGCUCCUCACAUCAACCCAACAAUGAGGAAUGUAAUAUCGACUGGAGCUUCUAGUGACACAGCAGUGAACAAUGCAACUCCAGCUCCACCUCCUACAGCAUCUCCAAUCAACACAACAGUAAAGAAUGUAAUAUCGACUGGAGCUUCUAGUGACACAACCGAUAACACUGCAACAACAGCUGGAGCUUCCAGUGACACAGCAGUGAACAAUGUAACUCCAGCUUCACCUGUUACAGUUUCUCCAGUCAACACAACAAUGAGGAAUGUAUUAACAACUGGAGCUUCAAGUGACACAACCGAUAACAUUGCAACAACAACAGCUGGCUACAGUGCAACAGCUGAAGCUUCUGGUGACACAACAGUGACAACAACAGCUGGCUACAGUGCAACAGCUGAAGCUUCUGGUGACACAACAGUGAAAAAUGUAACUCCAGCUCCACCUGUUAUAGCUUCUCCAGUCAACACAACAAUGAGGAAUGAAAUAACAGCUGGAGCUUCUAGUAACACAAUGGUGAACAAUGUAACAACUGGAGCCCCUAGUAACACAGCUGGCUACAGUGCAACAGCUGAAGCUUCUGGUGACACAACAGUGAACAAUGUAACUCCAGCUUCACCUGUUACAGCUCCUCACAUCAACCCAACAAUGAGGAAUGAAAUAUCGACUGGAGCUUCUAGUGACACAGCAGUGAACAAUGCAACUCCAGCUGCACCUCCUACAGCAUCUCCAAUCAACACAACAGUAAAGAAUGUAAUAUCGACUGGAGCUUCUAGUGACACAACCGAUAACACUGCAACAACAGCUGGAGCUUCUAGUGACACAACAGUGAACAAUGCAACUCCAGCUCCACCUCCUACAGCAUCUCCAAUCAACACAACAGUAAAGAAUGUAAUAUCGACUGGAGCUUCUAGUGACACAACCGAUAACACUGCAACAACAGCUGGAGCUUCAAGUGACACAACACUGAACGAUGUAACAACUGGACUCGCUAGUAACACAGCAGGUUACAGUGCAACAGUGGGAGCUUCGAGUGACACAACAGUGAGCAAUGAAACUCCAGUUCCACCUCCUACAACAUCUCCAAUCAACACAACAGUAAAGAAUGUAAUAUCGACUGGAGCUUCUAGUGACACAACCGAUAACACUGCAACAAUAGCUGGAGCUUCAAGUGACACAACUGGAUACAGUGCAAAAGCUGGAGCUUCUAGUGACACAACAGUGAGCAAUGUAACUCCAGCUCCACCUCUUACAGCAUCUCCAAUCAACACAACAGUAAAGAAUGUAAUAUCGACUGGAGCUUCUAGUGACACAACCGAUAACACUGCAACAACAGCUGGAGCUUCUAGUGACACAACAGUGAGCAAUGCAACUCUAGCUUCACCUGUUACAGUUUCUCCAGUCAACACAACAAUGAGGAAUGUAUUAACAACUGGAGCUUCAAGUGACACAACCGAUAACAUUGCAACAACAACUGGAGCUUCUAGUAACACAACAGGUUACAGUGCAAAAGCUGGAGCUUCUAGUGACACAACACUGAACGAUGUAACAACUGGACUCACUAGUAACACAGCAGGUUACAGUGCAACAGCGGGAGCUUUUAGUGACACAACAGUGAGCAAUGAAACUUCAGCUCCACCUCUUACAGCAUCUCCAAUCAACACAACAGUAAAGAAUGUAAUAUCGACUGGAGCUUCUAGUGACACAACCGAUAACACUGCAACAAUAGCUGGAGCUUCAAGUGACACAACAGAAUACAGUGCAAAAGCUGAAGCUUCUAGUGACACAACAGUGAACAAUGUAACAACUGGACCCACUAGUAACACAACAGGUUACAGUGCAACAGCAACGACACCUGGAGCUUCUGGUGACACAACACGUUACAGUGCAACAACUGGAUCUUCUAGUGACACAACACGUUACAGUGCAACACCUGGAGCUUCUAGUGACACAACAGUGAACAAUGUAACUCUAGCUCCACCUGUUACAGCAUCUCCAAUCAACACAACAAUAAAGAAUGUAAUAUCGACUGGAGCUUCUAGUGACACAACCGAUAACACUGCAACAACAGCUGGAGCUUCCAGUGACACAGCAGUGAACAAUGUAACUCCAGCUUCACCUGUUACAGUUUCUCCAGUUAACACAACAAUGAGGAAUGUAUUAACAACUGGAGCUUCAAGUGACACACCGAUAACAUUGCAACAACAACUGGAGCUUUAA